UCUCUGGCCUGUCCCCGAGUGCUCAUGGGCAGCCAAGGCCUGGGGACGGCUCAGGCAGGGUAGAUGUAUUUGCCAGGCCAGCUCCCGUCCCUGGGACCUCAGGGAGUAGCUUCAUCCCUGAAGGCUGAGUGUCUUCUGCCUCAUGUGGGUGGCCCCUCUGCAGGGUUCUCAGGCAUCCAGGGAAGUGGGUGCCACAGCGUUGCCUCCAGCCUCACUGGGGCUGGCUGGACUUUGCUCUGACAACACAGCAGUGGCUGGGCCCCUGCAACUCUCCAGGGCUCAGUUUCCCUGUUGGCCGCACUAUGGCAUAGGCCCCUGUGUGGACACCGAUGAGCUGACCCCACAAAUGCCACCCGGCCGCUCCCCCAGGCUUCAGUGGCCUAACAGCUGUUGUGUCAGGAACCAGCUUAAAGAAUCUUUCUUGCUUUCUCAAACUCUCCAGGAAUUCCUGGUGACUGGAAGGGGGAGUGACUCAGGCCCUCAACCUCUAGCAGGUAAGGGAGCUGCCUCCUGGGUGGGCAUGCCCAGUUCCUCAGUGGGCCCAGCGCGGCCCAGCCUCCGAGGAAGCUCUGAGCAGCUGGCUUGGCUCGGAGGUAUUUUUAGCUACAGAUCCAGCCCCCCUCCAUCACAACAGUCGAGUCCAAAUCAAACGCACUCCAGGCAGGUGGGGCUGGGGUUCUGCCAGCCUCCUGGCCAGCAGGGGUGGGUGGGCAGACUGGGGCCAGUAUCAGCUGUUCUGCCUGGACCCAGGCCGGGCUGGGAAGGCACACUUGUGCUUAUUUCCCGCCUCCACUUCUGUGCAAGCUUGUGCUGUCAUAAGCAGAGAUCACAGCCCCAUUUCUUGGAUGGAGAAAGUGGACACUGA